AUGAAAACAGCUAGUUCCGAUUUUACGAAAGAUGUAGCUAUGCGUCUGGCGGAUCCUGAUAGGCCUGUAGAGACCAUCAUAUUACCUCCGAGAAAUAUUUCGACGACUGGGGAAUCCCAAUCCUCUUCAUCUCGGUCAUAUGAGUUGCAAUCAUCUUCUCGAACACCAUCCCAUCUAGAUACACCACAGUCGUCUUCAGACAUCUUUCAUCAAUCAUAUUCGUCACAGACGUCAUCUCAAUUAUUUUUGUCUCCGUCAUAUGCAUCACAGUCAUUUAAUUCACAAUUAUCUCGGUCCCGAUCACCUUCACCUCAUGCUUAUGCAUCACAAUCAUUUGAAACUCAAUCACAGCUGUACGCUUCUCAACCAUUCUCGUCUCGAUCAUCUUCGACCUACCCACAUGCUCCACUCCAACAAUAUGCGUCGCAGGCUUAUAUGUCGCAAUCAACUUCGUCUUCACAAUCACACCCAUCUCGAUCCUCAACACCUCAAUUAUUUGCAAAAAAAAAUUCAACAGAACAAUUAUCCUUUGGAGAAGAAAAAUUAUCAAAUGAAAGGGCAUUCGUGGAGAAUGGGAAUUCAUCGAAAGUCAAAGGAAAAAAAUCGGAAGUUUUGCAUGAUGAAUCAUCGGACGAAGAAGUGAAAGGAAAGCAAACAGAAACUUUACAUGAUGAGUCAUCAGACGAGGAAUUGCUCUCGUUUGAAGAAGAAUACCCUAUCCGAGAAAAAGAGAAGGAAAAACGACCUUCAAAUAUAGUUCCCGAAAUUGUACACACGGAACGAUUUUCGACCUUGAUUACAGAAGAACAUGUAGUCGAAAUAUCAUCAUGGAUUGAUCGAAGGAAAGAUUACUACGACAAAUCAAGCAACCCAUAUGUAUUUAGGCUUCUCGUACGGGGUAGCCGAGAUGGUUUUAAUCCAAAAACUUUCUGGGAGAGGUGUGACGGGUAUGCCGAGACAAUUGUCGUCUUAAGAGUCAAAGGUACCAACGAAAUACUCGGUGGAUAUAAUCCCAUUGCUUGGGACAAGGAAUCACCUAACAGAAAAAUCAAAACUAUGCAGUCUUUUAUUUUUUCAUUAAAUAAUGGGGUUAACUCGAAAUCUAUUUUGAGUCGCGUAAAUAAUGAUGAUGUGGCACUUUGGUAUUAUCCACAACAUACGGAAGGUGGUUAUGGUCCAUGGUUCGGUAAUGGUAAUUUGGGAAUGAAAACAGCUAGUUCCGAUUUUACGAAAGAUACGAAAUGCUGUGCAAAUCCAUAUACAAAAUGGUAUGAGUUACCUAUUAGGACAUCAGACGAAUGGUUUUCUAUAGACGAGUAUGAAGUAUUUCACGUUCAUAAAUUAUAA